CCACGGACAUGUCCCUUCUCGCUGCCAGCAGCUGCCAGCGGAGAGGGAAGCUCGGUAGAGCCAAGCUCGGCAGAGCCAAGCUCGGCAGAGCCCUUCCCGGCAGCAGGCCUCGCGCUCCCGCUCUCGCCGCCGCAGCCCUCCCGCACGCCAGGACUCUGGGGGGGUGGCAGUCCCGCAGCCGCCGGGCGAUGAACAUCGCAAGGAGGAGAGGCUUCUACAGACAGGAGGUGAACAAAACCCUCUGGGAGCUGCCCAGGAGAUACACCGACCUGCACCCGCUGGGCUCCGGAGCCUACGGCUCGGUGUGUUCAGCCAUAGACAAGAAGACAGGGGAGAAAGUGGCUAUCAAGAAGCUGUGUCGCCCCUUCCAGUCGGAGAUCUUCGCCAAGAGAGCAUACCGAGAGCUCAUGCUGCUGAAGCACAUGCAGCAUGAGAAUGUCAUUGGGCUUCUUGAUGUCUUCACCUCCGCCCCCUCCUACCACGGCUUCCAGGACUUCUACCUGGUGAUGCCAUACAUGCGGACAGAUUUACAAAAGAUCAUGGGACAUGAAUUCAGUGAUGAAAAGAUCCAGUACCUGGUCUACCAAAUGCUGAAAGGGUUAAAGUACAUUCAUUCAGCUGGCAUCGUCCACAGGGACCUGAAGCCAGGCAACCUGGCUGUGAAUGAAGACUGCCAGCUAAAGAUCUUGGACUUUGGCCUGGCCAGGCAGGCGGACGCGGAGAUGACCGGCUACGUGGUGACGCGCUGGUACCGAGCCCCGGAGGUCAUCCUCAGCUGGAUGCACUACAACCAGACAGUGGAUAUCUGGUCUAUUGGCUGCAUCAUGGCAGAGAUGCUGACUGGGAAAACGCUGUUUAAAGGAAAAGAUUACCUCGACCAACUGACUCAGAUCCUCAAAGUCACAGGGCACCCAGGAGAGGACUUUGUGGAGAAGCUGGAGGACAAGGCGGCUAAGAGUUAUAUCAAGUCCCUUCCUAAAAUCCCCAAGAUGGAUUUGUCUGUGCUUUUCCCCAAAGCCAAUCCCCAAGCAGUGGACCUGCUUGACAAGAUGUUGCAGCUCGACGUGGAGAAGCGCCUGACAGCCACCGAGGCCUUGGCUCACCCCUACUUCGACCAGUUCCGAGACGUCGAGGAGGAGACAGAAGCCCAACACUCCUAUGAUGAUUCCCUGGAGCAUGAAAAGCUUUCAAUAGAUGAGUGGAGAAAGCACAUUUACAAGGAGAUCUUGUCCUUCAGCCCCAUUGCACGCAAGGACUCGAAGAAGCGGAGUGGGAUGUCACUAUAGUGGCUGCUGUGGCUGUGGCUGGGAUGGAUUUGCUGCUCCUGACUGGAUUCACUCCACACUGCCUCUCUGGUGGCCAUGGUUUGGCCUGAGGGACUUCUCUGUGUGCCUGCCUGCACAAGGGUGACACCAUGCUGUGGGCAUUGGACUUUGUUCUGCCAAAGGGGGAAGAACCCCAAACAGUUUUCAGUGCAAAAGAUAAAGAUGUUGUUGAAACUUCAAGGGGGAGAACCUGACCUCCUG